AUGUCCAUUACAGACUUCAUCAUAAACGAUGAAAAAACACCCUUACCCUUACAUGGUGGCGCUGCACAGUGGAAGACAGUGGGACAUGUUGGGUGUUUCCGAGUUGGAAUCUGCUUGCUUCUGGUGGAGCUGUGUGAGAGGUUCACUUUCUUCGAAGUCGUCUGCAACAUGAUCCCCUUUUGCACAGAGAGGCUUGGCUGCUCCAACCACCAGGCGGCCAUGCUCAACUUGGGCUUUAUUGGAGCCUCAGUCCUUAGCCCUGUGUUCAUGAGAUGGCUGGCAGAUGAGUCCUUUGGAAGGAGCAGACUGGUGUACAUAUCCUUAGCUCUGCAUUUCCUAGCCACUGCCUUGUUAUCCGUGCUCGCGUUUCCCUUGGAGGAUCUCUACAGAGGCGCUUAUCCUGCGUUUAACAACACAUCCGUGGAAGAGCGGACUAGGCUGUUUCAUGUAGCGCUGCUGACCCUCUGCCUGGGCACAGGAGGAAUAAGGGCUGUCAUUUGUCAGCCGGAUGCGUGUGGCUGUCCGGAACAGGAAUCAAAGAAGCCAGUGUCAUUUUGUAACUGGGCCUCCUGGUCCAUGAACCUGAAUGCAGCUGUUGUCUUUCUGGGAAUCUCAAGCAUCCAGUACUUGGGGUCCGGGGCCCUUGUGGUCCUGCUUCCUACUCUGUCUGCGUUUGCCGCAUUGGUAACUCUUUACAUGAAGUACUGCGACCUGAUCUAUCGGCCAGAAAACCAUCACUCCCUCCUGACUGUCUCCAGGACGUUUGUUAGGGCCCUGAAAACACGCUGCCUGCGGUACUGCCAUCUUGGGCGAAAUGAAUCAAGUUGGUUAGACCACGUCAUGGAAAAACAAGGUGGAUAUCGCAGUGAACUCCAGGAGAAAGAGACAGAAAAUGUCCUCUCUGCCCUUUUGCCUCUCUUCAGCUUCCAGCUCGUGUAUAGAAUGUGCCUUAUGCAGAUUCCUUCGGGAUAUUAUCUUCAGACCAUGAAUUCCAACCGGAAGUUGGGUGGAUUUCCUCUGCCGAUUGCACUAAUGAACGCCAUCAGCCUUCUGCCGUUAUUAAUUCUGGCUCCCCUUAUGGAUUACUUCAACAGCUGUCUACUUCCCUCUAAGAGAGACGGACCAUUCCUGUCAGCGUGCAUUAUUGCUGGUAACAUCUGUGCAGCCUCCUCUGUGGCAAUGGCCGGCUUCCUAGAAAUAUACAGAAAACUUGCCCAGGAGCAGUCCCCUUCAGGCAAACUUCUCUCUGUUUCCUCCAUGGCCUGCGUCUAUCUGGUUCCACAGUAUGUGCUGCUUGGAGUGUCUGAAGUCCUGGUAAACCCAGCAGUCUCCAUGGUAACACACAGAGUCACUCCAAGAACCAUCAGAGGAACUUCCGUGGCUCUUUUGACACUCUUCCAUGGAUCUGCCUGUUUCGCAGGGGCACUGCUGAUAGAGUUGGUUUAUCUCAUCUCGGAAGGCAAUUGGUUUCCAAACACAUUAAACAAAGGCAGUCUAGAAGGCUUCUUCUUCCUGCUGGCAUCCUUGACGCUGCUGAACAUCGUAGGACUCUGGAGGGCUUCACCAAGAUAUUGUAAUCUAAAUCAUUUUAAUGCCCAGUGCAUCCGUGGAAAUAAUUGUGAAGAAACUCUUCUCCUCUCUGAGAAGUCUCUGAAGUUUUAUGGCAGCACACAGGAAGUAUCUUCAAGUAUUGAUCUUUGGGAGACAGCCCUGUGA